CUAUUCUACUAGUUAAGCUCUGUCAUUUGAUACCCAUAUUGAGAUAGUUGUGAAAUAUUAUAUAAUCCGCCGUUUUGGAACUGAGGCCAUCUUAAAUUUUUAAGCUGACUGCAUCAACGCCAUAAUCAUCUGAUUAGCGUUUUGCCAACACAGGUGUAAAUUUCCUGGUUUGUAAUUUGAGAAAAUUUAAAUGUAAAGUUUUCAAUUUAUUAUUUCUGAAGUAGCUAAACAAUUACAUAUCUGCAGCAGAGUUACCAGCAAUUUUCAGAAAAUAAUCGUUGAUUUCAAUUACCGAAUUUAUCAAUACAGUUGUUUAGAUUCCAGAUAAAUUAUCAGAAUUGGCAUAUUGCUUUUCUUCUGUUAACAAUGAAUCAAAUUCUAGACAUCGUUAUCAAAUUCCUACGAACUUGUACACAAACAUACACACUGCAUGACAUUACUUGAACUUAUGAAAAAAAAAAAACACUUGAAGGAAGGCGCAAGAACUGUCAAGUCGCUCAUUUAUGGCCCGCCAUGUGGUCAACAUAUUGAUAACCACAAAAAAAAUUCUCGUUCUUUAAAGAUAAACACGAGCAGGCACAUCUCAGUUUGUAACAACCGACUCCGACUGACAGUCCACAUAAAAUGAACAGUUCAUCUGCGGUUUUCUCAAUUCUGACCUUGACAACGGUUAUUUUAUCGAAAAAAAUCGAUUUGGACUCUUUGCACGACUACAGUGGGUUCCUAAAUUUCGGCGAUAAGAAGCUUCAUAAUACAAACAAGGAGAAUGAGGUUUUAAAGUCGAAAAUCGAUGUGUUGGGAGAAGUAUUUAAAAAAAGCAUAGACGCUGUUAAACUUUCGCCAAAGUUGGAUAUUGUGUUUCUGAUUGAUGCUUCUUCCAGUGUCGGUGAGAGUAAUUUCGAAAGUGAGCUCAGAUUCGUCAAGAAGUUGCUUAGUGAUAUUACCGUGGAUUAUGACCAUACCAGGGUCGCCGUUGUUACUUAUAGCUCGCGGAGUAAAAUAAUAAAAAAUAUCGAUGAAAUAGGACAAUCUUCCAGAGAAAACAAUAAAUGUUUGUUACUGAACAAACAACUGAAGGGAAUAAACUACAAAGGAGGAGAAACAUACACAUUUGGAGCAUUCCAAACUGCCAAGGAAAUCUUCGAUUCCACAAACAGAAACGAUUCCAAAAAAGUAUUAUUUUUAAUAACAGACGGUUAUUCGAACGGUGGAGAUCCUAUUCCACUAGCUGACGAAUUGAAGGACGAUUCGAUCACAAUAUUCACGAUAGGAAUACAGAACGGGAAUUACAAGGAGUUGUAUGAAAUUUCGUCGACUCCCGGGCAGUUUUACAGUUAUCUUUUGGAGAGUUUCAGUGAGUUCGAGAGCCUUGCCAGAAGGGCAUUGCAUGUAGAUCUCAAAAGUGGGGAAUACAUACCCCUAGGCUUCAACAAACCUUGUGAUAUUUUGUGUGAUGGUGGAGACUGUUGCGAUGAUAUAGCACUUUGCACUUGCGGGAGUACCACAGGACACUAUUCGUGCGUCUGUCAACCAGGAUACUACGGAUCGGGCCUCAGAAACAACUGUUUUCCGUGUACGCCAGGAACUUAUGCUGAGGGUCCGAAUCUAUGUUUGCCAUGUCCGGAUCAAUUCCACAUUACUACUCCUCCAGCGUUUGGCAUUGACAGUUGCAAAUGCAAGGAAGGAUACAGGGCGACAAAAAAUAAUGGCUGUAAAGAGGUGAAAUGUCCGAAAAUUAUAACACCAGAAAACGGGUACUACGUGAAGAAAGGCGAAUGUCCGAAUGUAAUCAACAGUGCCUGUGGCAUACGAUGUGAAGUUGGAUACACUUUGAAAGGAACUAGUAUCAGAUUGUGCCAGAAAAACGGUACUUGGAGCGGUAUAGAACCGGAUUGCGAAAUCCGAACUUGCAAUCGCUUAGAAUUGCCCAAAGACGGAAAAAUGAAAUGCGUACAUCCAGACAUUGGAAAGGAAUACGAUAACGAGACAAAAAAACUCCCAGUCGACACAGUGUGCAGCUUCAAGUGCCCUGAGGGAAAAAUGCUGAUAGGUUCGAAACGCAGGACUUGUUUACCGAUCGCGAGGUGGGAUGGGCUGAGAACCCUCUGCAAACCAAUCAAAUGUAAAAGGCUACCUCUAGUGAAGUUUGGAAAGAUCGAACCAAAUUCCUGCACCUUCGGGAAGCAGGAAUACAAGAAAAAGUGUCGAAUUAUUUGUGAUGAUGGGUUCAAGUUGAAAGGACCAGCAGAUAAGCAGUGCAUAGGAGCUCGUGGGGCUUGGGACAGCAAAUAUGAAGACACUGCAUGUAUUGAUAUCACGUCCCCUGAAAUUAUGUGUCCGGACGAUUUGGUUGCUUUGUCGCUAACGGGAAAAAAUUAUGCACACGUGUCGUGGAUAGAACCCAAUGUGACAGAUAAUUCCGGGCUGAAUGUUACAACCUGGAUGAAACCAGUUAUAGAAAACAUUACUGACUUCAAAUUUGAAAUAGGAACAACCCUGGUAACAUACUACGCUCAAGACGCUUUUGAAAACAAAGCAAAAUGCUCAUUCCACGUUACUGUGAAAGAUGAAGAACCUCCUACCAUAGAAAAUUGCAUCGAUCCUCCUCCAUAUUUAACAGGUGAUCAAAUUGGAGCCAACGUCUCGUGGGAUGAACCAAACAUUUUUGAUAAUUCGCAGAACGUUGAGGUGGCUCGGUCUCACGAAUUUGGAUUCUUCAAAGUUGGCACUACCACCGUGACAUAUACUGCCACUGAUAAUUCCAAUAAUACCAACAUCUGUAGAAUGAAUAUAACCGUUGAAGUUUCUCUGUGUGAAUCUUUACCAGACCCAUCCAAUGGCCAUAGUGAAUGUAUCGACCAGAACAACGGUAUUCAAUGUUUGAUAACCUGUGAAGAAGGAUAUGCUAUUCCUAUUUCUCAGGUGGUAGAAGAAAAUGGUACAAACUUCGUGUGCGACAACGCUGACCCAAUAUGGUACAACUCAGAAGGAUUAGUAUUCCCAGAAUGCACAGUCACAAAAGUACCUCAAGAAACCGUCCAGACGGGAGAAGUCACCGUGCCGGGAAUAGACAAUUGCACAGACACAAAAAAUCUGCAAGAAUUGGAAAACGACAUAAGAGGCGUGAUAAACUCGGAAGUCUGCACAGGUGAAUGCAAAAUCGAAACGAAAUCUGAGUGUGAAACUGAACAACAAGAAGAAGAAUCCAAUAAAAUUUUGAAGAAACGUGCAGUUAACUACGAAGAACUUCCACACAGAAAUAGAACGAGGAAGCACAGGCGCAAACUUAACGUUAAAUUUCAAGUCAGAGGCAAAUAUGUGAAACCCACCCUUGGUGGUGUGAAAUUUUUAAGACUACGCAAGGGUUAUAAUGCUUCUAUUCGUUAUGAUGCCGUUAGAUUUAUUUGUCCACCAGGUUUCGUGCCAAGGAAAAAUAGAUGUGUACAAUGCCCAAGAGGAUCAUUUCACAAUGAAACAAGAAACAGAUGCCAGAGCUGUCCGUUUGGAUUUUACAACGAGAAACUGGGGCAAUCAGAGUGUAUUUCGUGUCCUGUCCAUCAUUCCACAAGUAAAUUGCAUUCCAAGAAAUUGGAGGACUGUAAAGAACAAUGUCCUCCUGGUACUCACGCUCGCAAAAAGAAACUGAGAUACUCCAAGCAUCAGUUCAACGUGACUAUAGAACGCCCGACUCUGAGACCGCAUUGCCGAUCAUGCAAAAUCGGUUACUAUCAACCGGACCACGGCCAACUGAGAUGCAUUCCUUGUCCUGCCGGAUUUACGACGACUUCAACUAGAUCCACGAGUAUACAUCAGUGUAUUCCUACCUCCAAAGAUAUUUGUGAAUCGGAAACCUUCUGCCAACAUGGUUCGUGUGAAGUCACCAACCGUUACCAGUAUAGUUGUGAUUGUUUUGACAAUUAUAUAGGAACAAAAUGCGAAAAACAAGCAAACAAUUGCGAUUCUCAACCGUGUUUGAAUGGUGGUACUUGCAAUAGUACCGAGGUUGGAUACUCCUGUUUAUGUCAAACUGGUUUCACGGGUAUCUUCUGUGAGGAAACUAUUGAUGACUGUAAACUUCAGUGUUCAAACGGAGGUGUUUGUUUCCAGGAUGAUGAUAAACCCACCUGCUUGUGUCCAGAUGGUUUUGGAGGCGACUUUUGUGAAGCAAAAAUCAAAAGCUGCAGUGAAAAUUUGUGUGAAAACAACGGCACCUGCGUAGAUGAACAUGACUCCUUCAGAUGUGAAUGUAUUGGUGGUUUUAUCGGAAAAAGAUGCAACUUGCUGCCGUGUGAUUACCGACCGUGCGGAUUGAAUAGCAUCUGUGUUAAUAAGAAUGAAGGGAACGUCACCAAAGCAAGUUACAGUUGCGUUUGUCCUGAAGGAUUCUCUGGAGACACCUGCGCUGAACAAAUCAAUCAUUGCGCAGGCUCUCCUUGUACAAACGGGGGCACAUGUGUCAGCCAUACCACCAAUUAUUCCUGCAGCUGUACCAGUUUGUACCACGGCACCCAUUGCGAGAAUAAACGAAACACCAAGUAUCUGUUGAAGUUCGACAAGUACGACACGAACAAUUACAUAAAACUGGGCGGAUUUCGUAAGAAUGUCACAGAGAUAAGUGCCUGCUUGUGGAUGAAAACUACGGACAAUUUCAACUACGGGUCGCUCAUAUCUUAUGCCACGAGAGCUACAGACAAUGCCUUCACGAUAACAGAUUAUACAGGACUGGUUUUAUACGUUAACAACAACUACGUCGUCACUGACGUGUACCUAAACGAUGGACACUGGCACCAUGUUUGUGCGAAUUGGAGAAGUAUGGACGGUUCUUAUGAAGUUUUCGUUGACGGCGUACUGACGAAGAAUGGUUCGGGCUUGUCUACAGGGGUACACAUUCAAGGUUAUGGAAAUAUGAUUAUAGGCCAGGAGCAGGACAUAUUCGGCGGAAGGUUCAGUCAAAGUGAGUCUUUCGUCGGAAAAAUGGCAUACAUUGAUGUUUGGUCAAAAGCUUUAACAUACCAAGAGGUCCUGACCCACAACAGCGACUGUAACGAAUCAUUUUUCGGUGACUUGUACGCCUGGCCUGAAAUGCAGGAUUACAUUCAGGGAGGAGUUGAGGUAACAGAGUCGUCGUUUUGUAAUUCUUGCUCGGUGCCGAAAACUCUGUACAACGGCUUUAUCGACGUUGUCGAGAACACAGCGUUCUAUUCCUGUUAUACUGGGUAUUCGUUGAACGAUAACAAGUUCAUAAAAGGUAGGAAGUGUUCCAAAGCUUCUAAAUGGGAAGGAAAAUACGAACCAUACUGUAAAAAAGUGUACUGCGGCUACCCUGGUUCUAUUAGAAACGGGUUUCCGAUAGGAAGGAACUACUACUACAACGACACAAUUUCUUUUGGUUGUUUAGAAGGUUACAACCUCACAGGAGAUAGCACCAUUCUAUGCAAGGAAAACGGACGGUGGUAUCCAGAAAAACCACGAUGCAUCGGUAUCCAGUGCACCGCUUUCAAACAACCAGACAACAGCGACUUAAUUAUAAUGUCGGAGCAAAGCUACGAAACGUUCUCAGAUCAAGCGAAGUUUGAAAUCGGAACCCAAAUCGAAGUAGUCUGUGACGUCGAAGCAGAACUUAUUGGCGAGUCUGUGAUCACUUGUUUAGAAAAUGGAACUUGGGACUUUGAACCUCCGGAAUGUAAUUUGAAGGAGCCCCCUAAGGCUCCGAAGCUGGACUGCCCCAUCGAUCAAGUACCGAAAGCUCCGAUUAACGGUUACAUAGACUUGGAUUCCUUGUAUGCCGCUGGAAACGUUACUACUAACUUCAUCGAGUAUAAGUGUAAGUUCGGUUACAAGCUGAAAGGGGAAAAUACAACCACUUGCAUCAUUGACGGAUACUGGACGGAACCAAAUAUUUCUUGUGACCCUGUAAAGUGCGGAAAACUGCCUACUUUCAAAAAUAUGAAACCGCUCCAAGUUGCCAAAGAUGGAUCCUAUCAUUUCGGAAACGUGGUGUCCUUUGAAUGUGAUGAUGGUUACAAAAUGUUUGGUAACAAAGUUAUAAGAUGUACGCCAAGUGGAAAAUGGUCCAAAAUGCAGGGAAAAUGUCUCAAAAAAACUUGCAAGAAGCCCUUAAUCAAACCCAAAACGACGAUAAAGGGAAAGUCAUAUCUGUUCGGCGACAAAGUGACAAUCACCUGUCCCAGCGGGUCCACUUUCGAACUACUCUGCACUAAAGAGGGGAUUUGGGAAGGAGAAAAGGACGAGAGUUGUUGAUACGAAAUCAAAGUAUUUGUUAAAAAAAAUCAACUGAACCAUAUAUUAUCCAUAUAUAAAAACAACAUAAUAAAAUCAAGUAAGGAACAAA